AUGGCUAAGUGUCACUCUACGGCGAGUCCUGUUGACACUCAUGCCAAGCUCUCGGCGACCGACAGCAACAAGCUCAAGGAUGGCUCUGAGUACAGGAGUCUUGCAGGGGCUCUCCAGUACCUCACCUUGACUCGACUUGACCUGGUAUAUGUAGUUCAGCAGGUGUGCCUCUUCAUGCACGAUCCCUGCGAGCCUCAUCUCACACUGAUCAAGCACAUCCUGCGCUAUGUGAAGGGCACCCUGUCCUCCGAGCUUCACAUCGGCACCGGCCAUGUCCAGUCCCUGACAGCCUACUCCGAUGCGGAUUGGGCUGGCUGCCCGGACUCUUGA